UAUUGUUGGGAUGUCUGGUUCUACACUUCUGCAAUCCUGGUACUUUGCCUAUGUGACAAUGAGCGAGGGUAGCUAUGCAUUAUACAUGGGAAAAUCAAGGCCCAGAAGAGCUGAGGAAACGGCCCAGGCUCGCACAGUGGGAGGCAGGUGUGGCAUCUGUCAAGGUGCCUGUGGCUUUCUGCUCCCUCAAGGGUCUUCCGGGGCAGGGACGCAGCUCAGGUGUAUGGCAUGUGCUUGGUAUGCACAAGGCCCUCGGUUCAGUUCCCGGCACCCCUGCCCAAAACAAGGCUGUAGAGCAGGUACAGCUGGUAGCCCUGGAGGGGGCUCUGGAUUAGUCCCGGAGAGUGACCAGUGGUGUACACACCCAGGACCAGGGCUGCAGGAGGUGACCAGGAAGGGACAACCGGUGGAAGGUGUGGCCAGGAGGAGUUGCCGUAGCGAGGAGGGUGCUGAAGGCGCUCCUCCCCAGGGGACCUCGCCAGCAGUGACUCACACCUGAGGCAGGCGAGUUACAGCUGGGUCCACAGGUGUGUGCCAAGUCAGGAGACACGGGAGGCAGCUGGCCAGGCCCUGAGCUCCCCAGGUGAGGUUGCCAGGUAUGGCGCUGACUGUGGACGUGGUGGGGCCGGCGCCCUGGGGCUUCCGCAUCACCGGGGGCAGGGAUUUCCACACGCCCAUCAUGGUGACCAAGGUACACCAGCGGGGCAGGGCUGAGGCCGCUGACCUCCGGCCUGGGGACAUCAUCACGGCCAUCAAUGGGGAGAGUGCAGCGGGAAUGCUUCAUGCUGAGGCCCAGAGCAAGAUCCGCCAGAGCUCAUCCCCCCUGCGACUGCAGCUGGACAGGUCCCGAGCUGCCUCUCCUGGGCAGACCAAUGGCGAUGGCUCCUCCGAAGUACUGGCCUCUUGCUUCCAGGGCUUCCUGAGGACACGCCCCGACAGCCAGUCCUCCCUGUGGUCCUCCUACUCCAGCCCCAUCUCCCUCAGCCCCCGGCCGAGUAGCCCCUUCACCCCACCCCCCAGCAGCCCACUGGGCCUCUUGGGAGAGACACCAAUCAGCCACAGCUUCCAGAGCCGGACCCAAGCGGUUGCCUUCCCUGGAACUGCUGCCGACCGCUUGUCCUGCCUGUCCCCUGGGAGCCGCUCCACAGGCCGCCAGGCGGGCCUGGGCCGCGCGGGCGACUCAGCUGUGCGGGUGCUUACCCAACGGUGCUCCAGCCCUAGGUUCAGCAGCGCGGACUCAGAAGCCGGGAGCCUCGUGCUGGAAGAGGACUCAGAGGUGUUCAAGAUGCUGCAGGAAAACCGCGAGGGUCGCGUGGCUCCGCGCCAGUCUAGCUCCUUUCGGCUCCUACAGGAAGCCCUGGAGGCCGAGGAGAGAGGUGGCACACCUGCCUGUGUACCCAGCUCCCUGAGCCCUCAGUCCUUCCUGCCCACGUCCAGGGCCCUGACCACUCCGCCCAAGCUCCACACCUGUGAGAAGUGCAGCGCCAGCAUUGCGAACCAGGCUGUGCGCAUUCAGGAGGGCCGGUACCGCCACCCCGGCUGCUACACCUGUGCAGACUGCGGGCUGAACCUGAAGAUGCGUGGCCACUUCUGGGUGGGUGACGAGCUGUACUGUGAGAAGCACGCCUGCCAGCGCUACUCGGCACCCUCUGCCCUCAGCUCUCGGGCCUGAGCCCGGGGCACCAUCAGGCUCCGCCCCGCGGACAGCAAGUUGGCAGGGAAGGGGUGAGGGUGGGGGGUGGCUGUUCCACGAACUAAGUUUGGGGACACAAGACCCCUUCGCCCUCACUGGAUGAGGCCAAGGACUGGGACCCUCCUGGGGCUUCAGGUGCCAGGAGUAGCCCCACCCUCCCAGUCUUUCCCCUGCGCCACAGACUGAAGUGGCCUCCAUGUUUGCUACCUUUGUGUACAAGGUGCAACGGAGACAGAAGGAUCUGGGGGCGCGGGCAGAGGCCAACGGAAUUCACUAUGCAAAAUGUUGGAUAAGAGCUCUAUAAAUGUAUGUAUAUGCGUGCACACAAUCAAGCUGAUGUGUUUCU